UAACAUUGUACACGUGGACGAAAUUCAAUAGCGAGAGUUGCUGAUGACAGCUCAGCGAGAUUUCGGAAGGAAGUUACAUCCCGGUUUAGCAGCUGAAAAUUAGACAGAUAAUCUCUCAAGAUGCUAAAGAUACUAGCAUCCAUCGUCCUGCUGAGCCUCUUUGGUCUCUUGACAGUAAAAUGCACCGACCUCUUCACUGCCAUGUCGGACCUAGAGGGUGUCUUUGAAAAAGAGGAAAGAAUGAUUGAAGCGGUGGAGGAGUAUAUUCGACAGGAAAGGGAGAGACUUGUCAAGAUCGAGGGCAAGCUGGAAAACCUGAGGCGUCUGAACCGGGAGGGACAAGAAGACAUGGCAUCCUAUCUGAGCCAUCCGUUCAAUGCUUUCUUGCUCAUAAAGAGGUUUAUGUGGGAGUGGGUGGAUCUAGAAAACUGGAUCAAGAUCAGUAUGCCUUCAAGAGAAUACAUCUUCAAUGUAACUGGUCUUAGGAGUAAGCUACCGCAGCAGAGUGAUUUAGAUGGAGCUGCCGAUGCCCUUUGGCGUUUGCAGGACACCUACAAGUUUACACCAGCUUCGUUGAUGGAAGGAGCAAAAAUGGAAGAUAAUCUCAAAGCUCACCAUAGCUUUGAAGUAGGCCGCCUUGCCUACCAUGUCGCCGAUGAUAAAUACCAUGCCAUACCCUGGAUGGAACAAGCCUAUAAGUGGCUCAACAGCGAGACCAAGCAAGGUGACUUCUUCAAGAUGAACGAGACAGAAAUCCUUGACCAUCUUGCCUAUGCAAGCUUCUCUGAGGAAAGGUUAGAAGAUGCUGCUGCAUUCACAGAUAAACUAGUCUUAUUAGUCCCAGACUCUAAACGUUACGCCGACAACAAAGCCUACUACCAAUACCUCCUUGACAAGAAGUACAGACCAAGGGGUGAGACGGGGGACCUUAAAGGACUGUCUUUAGAAGAAGAAGAAGAAGAAGAAGAGGAAGAGGAAGAAAUGGAUGAGGAGGAUCUACGGAACGUUCAUCCUGAUAUUCGGAAGUACAGAGCGCUAUGCAGAGGAGAUGAAGGUGUUGUCAAGUACAUCACAAAGCCGAUGCUUCAGACUUGUAGCUACGCACAUUACAACAAUCCUUUCCUGAUACUACAACCUGCGAAAGAAGAAGUCACCUUUGUCAAACCUAAGAUCAUCGUUUAUCAUGACAUCAUCAGUGACCAGGAGAUAGAAGCACUCAAGUACUUGGCCAAACCAAGGCUUGAACGGGCCACCAUUUAGAACUCGACAUCAGGCUAUUUAGAACAGACAAAGUUUAGAAUCUGCAAGAGUGGUUGGGUGGCACACAACGAGUCGGAAGUCAUCAGGCGGAUUUAUCAGAGGGUCGGUGCGUACACCGGACUCUCAAUGAAUGCUACUGAGUUCCUGCAGAUAGCCAACUAUGGUUUAGGAGGACAUUACUUGCCACAUUUUGAUUUUACAAAGGAUAUUAAAACAACAGAAAAUGGCAACAGAAUAGCAUCCAUGUUAUUUUAUUUGAGUGAUGUUACUAAAGGAGGUGCUACAGUAUUCAUAGACGCAGGGGCAAAAAUCAAGCCUGGAAAGGGAUCUGCAAUCUUUUGGUACAAUCUUUUCAAAAAUGGAAGAGUGGAUGAGAGAACUAAGCAUGGAUCAUGUCCUGUAAUAUCUGGGUCUAAAUGGGUUGCCAACAUAUGGAUGCGAGAGCACGGCCAGGAGUUUAGACGGCCUUGUGGGAUCGGAAGGAGUGAGUGAGUUACGUAGAGUGUAAUCUUCAGUUAAUCACAUGAUCUUCAGUCAUCUUGCGAAGCCGUACUUGCCAACCACACUCUCCAGCUCCUCAGUUUCACACAGCACACUUGGUGAUUUCAAGAUCAGUGUUGACCUUUUGGUGUUGGUGUUAGGUCAAUUUUUACACGAUUAUAACACCAAA